GCUGACGGAAAACUUUGGAACAGCAUUCGGGCCUUGUAUGGAACCGACGGAAGCCACAACGCAGUUCAUGGCAGUGACUCUCCCGCAUCCGCUGAGCGCGAAAUCCAGCUUAUCUUCCCACAUGAAGCUGGCAAAAGCUCGGCCGCACAACAUCCAUCGGCGACAUUAUCUGGGCAGCCGUUCCAGCGAACCUUAGCUUUGAUCAAGCCGGACGCCUAUCCCGCUCGCAAGAACGACAUUCUCACACGCAUACGGGAUGCUGGGUUCACGAUAGUGGGAGAGAAGGACGUGCAGUUCAGCAAGGAGAUUGCUGAGUCGUUCUACGCAGAACAUGUGGGCAAAACCUUCUACGCUGAUCUCGUGAAGUGGAUGUCUAGUGCUCCAAUAUACGCGCUUGUAUUGGAAAAGGAAGGCGCGAUUUCUGGGUGGAGGGAGUUGGCUGGACCAACCAACUCCGCAACAGCUCGCGAAAAUGCGCCGAACAGCAUCCGGGCGCUUUAUGGGAAGAAUGGAUCUUCCAAUGCUGUGCAUGGAAGUGAUUCAGAAGAAUCAGCAAAGCGCGAAAUUCAGAUUGUUUUUGGAGAGACCGUGUCACCAUUCGCAACCGCAAAGGGUGUCAAGGCCGCAAUUCCCAAAACGAAAUCUCAGGGUGCACUCGCGAGUGUGGAAAGCUCUGUGCCCUUCCCAUCUGGACAGCUGGGACAAGAUGAGAGACAUUUAGAAAGAACGUUAGCCUUGAUCAAGCCUGACGCCUACGGCCUACAUAGAGAUGCUAUUCUCAGCCGGGUACAAGAUGAUGGAUUCGUUAUCAUCAAACAGGAAGAGGUCACAUUCACGAGAGAAAAGGCGGCGGAGUUCUAUAAGGAGCAUCUCGGAAAACCUUUUUACGAUCGCCUCGUAGAGUGGAUGUCCAGUGCCCCCAUUUACGCUCUAGUACUGGAGAAGGAGGGCGCCAUCAAAGCAUGGAGAGAGCUUGCAGGACCUACCAAUGCUGAGACAGCACGGAAUACGGCACCAAACAGCAUUCGAGCAUUGUACGGGACAGAUGGAUCCCAGAAUGCCGUACAUGGGUCGGACUCUGCGGCAUCGGCAAUUCGCGAGAUUGGAAUCGUUUUUGGUGAUUCCGUGAAGGCAGGACCAGCAUACUCCGAGAAAACCUUGGCCCUGCUGAAGCCAGACGUUUCCCGGAGUGCACACAAAGACGAGAUUAUCCAGCUAAUCAACCAGAGCGGAUUGAAGAUUGCUGACGAGAAAGUGUUGACAUUCACCGCCGACAAAGCGAAAGAGUUUUACCGAGAGCAUGAAGGGAAACCAUUCUUCGAUGGCCUGGUUCAGUGGAUGACAAGUGCCCCGAUAUACGCGCUCAUCCUGGAGGGUGAGAACGCAAUCAAGCGAUGGAGAGAGCUGGCUGGCCCAACCGAUUCCACUAAGGCGAAGGAGACAGCACCGACCAGUAUUCGAGGCCGAUUUGGCACUGACGGUCAAAAGAAUGCCGUACAUGGAUCCGAUUCUCCCGCAUCAGCUGCACGGGAAAUAGAUAUCGUUUUUGCACAUGGUGAUGUGGCACCACAUCCCCCAUCAGCAGCAAAACCUGCUGCUGCCCCAGCCCGUGUAGCUGCAGCCAGCACAAAGCGGAGCACCAACAAUCUUGCAAACGGGAAAAAUAUGGGAUCCCAAAGCGUACUCGCCUCAAAGUCCCGAAGCCCUAGCCGCACGUCCAGCAAUAGCGGCCUCAACAAAGCUGGAACGAAAGCAACGGCAUCCUCUGACCGUCUGGCAACCAAGCCCGCGUCGCGCGUGUCUUCUACGCAGAAUCUAAGCAACGCCAGAACCAAGAGCAGCGCGGCAUUGAAAAAGAGCAAUUUGGGGCUCAACACUCCCGGAGGCGAAAAAGAUUCACCUCCAGCAGCCCUUGAGCUUCCUGGUCACAUAGAGACACACCGAGGGGAAGGCGUUGACAAGGUUCCUAUUGAUGGAAAUGCGGGUCCUGGGAUAAUGGAUGACCCUACCAACGUCGCUGUACGGGAAGAAUGAUCGGGCGGAAAUCACAUGACGUAAAAAUUGAUAAUACAAUAUCUGGUCCGGGUAGACUUUGAAUCGUUUAUCUGUCGCUGGAAAACUCCUUUCCUUUUACCUGAAU